CCGUGCAUAUAGCUCGACGGCGCCGCGCCGGAGCCGGUGGCAGAAUCCCAGCAGGUGAGGAUUCCGGUGGUUAGCGCCGACGCGAAUUGUUCGCCUUGAUGGAGAAAUAUCAGUUUCUGUAAAAUCGGUUCUCUGUUUUUAGCUGAGGGAUUACAAUUGUAAGCCCUAACUACCAUGGCCUUUUCGCCGGUGCCUUUGAAUUUGCAAUCCCAUCCAUCUACUUCCGCUUCCCAAUUUCUAUAUUUCGUUACCUUCCACCCCAAAUCUCGUUCAGUUGAUAUCUGUGGAGGUCGGAAACUGAAAAUUUGUUGCUAUCAGAGAACCGUUCAGAUUGAGGAUGAAACGAAUCAGAGGAAGAAUAUGGUGAAGAAGAAGAGAAAACCCAGACCUAGUUUUCUUGAGCAAAUUCAGGACAAAUGGUCACUGAAAUCACCUUCGCUGAGGGAAAAUUUCCCUUGGGAAGUAACGCAAAGUGAUGGUAAAACAAAUCUUGAAUUUAAACCAGAUAGGGCAGAGUUUGUGGGGAGAGAUCAAACCACCAUUAAUGAGCUUCAUGAGCAGCGGAACAAGGAGGAAGCUUUUGUUAGUGAUAGCGUAGGCAUCCAUGAGUUGGUGAAGGAGGCAAUCUUAGAAGAGAAUAACGACAAGAUAUCUCGUGAAAAAUCCCCAGAAAUACAGUUUGGAUUGGGAGAGAAUGAUGGGAUUGGGAGUGAAGAGGCGUGUGAAGAUGCUACCUCUGUGGAGAGCUCUUCAGUGGGCAAUGGAAGUGUGAUCAGCAACAAGAAUUAUGCAGAUAGAAAUGAGGCAAUGAGAAUGCCAUGGGAGAGUGCAAAAGAUGAGGAAUUUGGAAGACAGAAGCCAAGUAAUCUCAACACAAGACUGGCGGAGCUAUUGAUCCCCGAGCCGGAGUUGAAGAGCCUCCGGAGUGAGUCUCUGAGGAUGGUGGAGCGAAUCAAAGUCGGAGCAGCCGGGGUGACACAGGCAUUAGUGGAUACUAUCCAUAAGAAAUGGAAGGAUAACAGAGUGGUAAAGUUAAAAUUCGAAGGCCCCCCUUCGAUGAACAUGAAGAGAACACAUAAAAUUCUUGAGGAUAGAACCGGAGGUUUGGUGAUAUGGAGAUCCGGGGGUUUGGUGGUGUUAUACAGGGGGAUAUCAUACAAGCUCGACUGUGUAAAAUCAUAUACACAGCACAGUGCUGUAGGCUUAGGAUCUUCAAACGCUUCAAGAUUGCAUAAUCCAACCAAGCUUCGUGACAGUUUACCGGAUGAAGAACAAAUUGAUAUUAGCGAGGUUAACGGUAUCUUAGAUGAGCUUGGUCCCAGGUUCAGAGAUUGGUCGGGUCCCAAACCAGUUCCGGUUGAUGCAGACUUACUGCCUGCUGUUGUUCCUGGAUACAAAACUCCAUUUAGACUUCUUCCUUAUGGGACUAGACAUGCCUUGCGAGACAGUGAAAUGACUCUUUUACGAAGAACAGCAAGAAAAAUGCCUCCACAUUUUGCCCUUGGACGAAGCAGAGAACUGCAGGGUCUGGCUAGCGCCAUCGUGAAGUUGUGGGAAAAGAGUGCCAUUGCUAAAAUAGCGAUCAAGCGUGGUGUUCAAAAUACUUCCAAUGAAAGGAUAGCCGAAGAACUCAAGAGGUUGACGGGAGGCACGCUUCUUUCAAGAAACAAAGAAUUUAUCGUCAUCCACAGGGGUAAUGACUUCUUGCCUCCCGGCGUUUCAAGUGCAUUAACAGAAGCUGAGAAGCGCGCCGCAGUCCAACAGGACGAGGAGGAUCAAGCUCGGGAUAGAGCUGCCAUGCUGAUGAUUAAUUUGAAAACCAAAACAUCCGCACAGCCUUUGGUUGCAGGAACCCUUACCGAGACUGUAGCCGCGACCUCGCGAUGGGGAAGCCAACCGGACAGCGCAGAAAUUGAGAAGAUGAUGAGAGAUGCCGCCAUAGCUAGGCAUGUUUCUAUGAUCGAUUCUCUUCACAGCAAACUAGCAGUUGCGAACGGGAAGAUCGGAAGGGCUGAAAAGGCCUUGCGCAAGGUGCUGGAGAAUCACGAACCGGAGGCGCUGCCAACGGAUCUAGAAACCCUAACUGAUGAAGAAAGGUUUCUUCUUCGUAGGAUCGGUUUGAGCAUGAAACCGUAUCUACUUCUAGGGAGGCGGGAGAUAUUUGACGGUACUAUUGAAAAUAUGCACCUACACUGGAAGUACCGAGAGGUGGUGAAGAUUAUUGUAAAACGGAAGUCGCUUGCACAAGUCAAGCAUAUCGCAGUUUCUCUGGAGGCUGAGAGCGGUGGCGUGUUGGUAUCUGUAGAAAAAACUACCAAAGGCUAUGUCAUCAUAGUUUAUCGGGGAAAGAAUUACCAGCGACCUCUUGCAUUCAGGCCGAGAACUCUUCUCACAAAGCGACAGGCGCUUGCUCGGUCUAUUGAACUCCAGCGACGCGAGGCACUAAAGCAUCAUGCUAUGGAGCUAGUGCAAAGAAUGGAGAAGCUGAAGGAGGAGCUGGAAGAAAUGAGAUCUACAAGCAAUAAGAGUCAAGAGAGUUCGGCAUCGAAUACCAGUGUUGCUGCUGAUGAUAGCAGCCAUGGCAAUCAAGAUGUAUAGACAAUGAGAUGACGUUGGCAUGGCUAAGGCUGAGGGAAAUCUGCAGCAUAUGUCGAGAUGGAUGCAGUUCGCGUUCCCCUGUUACCAUUCUUCUUCUCAUAGAUAUUCGACAUUUCUAUGACUUAACAAAAGUAGAGAGAUCAAUAGUGUUAAAGUUGUAUCUAUUUAAUUCCAACACAAAGGAACAUGCUCUGUUACAAACGGCUGGGGGUAAGUCGAAUCCAAUCACCUUCUAGGAUCUAUAA